AUGAAGAUGGACUCUCCACUAGAAGUUGAGCUAACUGAUGCUCUCAAAGACCAUAUGACCCCCAAUGUCAAGAUCGAGUACGGACACCCAGACAAUCCCAAAUACCGCUUCCGCGCUCACAAAGAUGUUCUCUCCAACAACUCAGCGACCUUCAAGAGAAAAUUCAACUCCCAGGAACUACGCAGGAGGCUCGCCGCUCAUCACGCCGACGUUUACGAUCUGGCACGUCAGAAGGUGUGCGGUGUCAGUGGCCUGGCUGGGCUCGUUCAUGCGCAGUUCCAGACAGGCGCUGAUGAGGCCUUGACAUGGCUGGACGAGCCGCGCAACAAUACGGCAAAGAACGCUGUGCGGUUGCUCCGAAUGUAUGUCGAUCUGAUAUACGAGAAGGACGACAAUACUUGGGAGAGCUUCCAGGGUCAAGAUAUACCGGAUAUGAUCACGUCCUGGCCUCUACGAGGUUUGGUUUGCGAAACUGCCGCUAGGAUCUGGGUGAGAGCGCAGCGAUGGACCGCGACGCCGGCUGCUGGUCAGGUUGGAGUCCAGGAACGAGGCGAAGAGGAGGUUACGAUUAAUCAUGGGGACACAGGUGAGGAUGUUGUGAAGGAAGAGCUCGCGAAGUUGUGCUGGAAGUAUGCGCAUUUCGCACAGGACUUUGCAAGGUGGAUGUUGAUCAAGGGGGAGGUGAGUAUCACAUUGGGCCACAAUGUCAUGGGAAGUACUAGGUAG